AUGGGCAAAACCUACCUGAAACCCGCACCACCUCAGAUUCGUGGGGUGAUGCCUUUAAUCGGCGAGCUGAUAUUAUCGUCUGACGGGACUACCAGCAUUGUUGCGGAGGCCUUUCCCAACUUGAACCCGACAAGCUCCUCAGAACUCGUUAAAGAAGGGGAUCUGCUCGUCUUCUCGGUAUAUGAGCAAAGAAGCGAGACGAUCUUCUGCAUCCGUUUCCGAUGGCGAUGUAAGAUUUUGAUACCUUCUGCUGGUCAUCCUCCGGCAACAAGAAUGGAUUCACAAGGAAGGAAGAUUAUUGUUGUCGACAACGGGUCUGGGUUUGUAAAAUGUGGCUAUGCGGGCACAAAUUUUCCAACCCAUAUUUUUCCAUCGCUUGUUGGUCGACCGCUAGUGCGAUCGUCUCAGAAAGUCGGAAAUAUAGAAAUCAAGGACCUUAUGGUGGGCGAGGAAUGCUCACAACUUCGACAAAUGCUUGAUAUAUCGUACCCAAUGGACAAUGGCAUUGUACGUAAUUGGGAGGACAUGGCUCACGUAUGGGAUCAUACAUUCGGGCCGGAUAAAUUGGAUAUCGAUCCGAAAGAAUGCAAAUUGCUGUUGACGGAACCUCCGCUGAAUCCAAGCAGUAAUCGUGAGCGUCUCUUCCAAGUGAUGUUUGAGCAGUAUGGUUUCCAUUCGAUACAUGUGGCCGUCCAGGCAGUUUUGACUCUAUAUGCCCAAGGGUUGCUGACUGGUGUGGUGGUGGAUUCGGGCGAUGGAGUUACACAUAUUUGCCCAGUAUACCAAGGCUAUGCUUUGCAUCAUCUGACACGACGACUAGAUAUCGCUGGACGCGACAUCACCCGUUAUUUGAUCAAGCUGCUUCUGCUUCGUGGAUACAACUUCAAUCACUCAGCUGAUUUCGAAACAGUACGGUUAAUGAAAGAGAAGCUGUGCUACGUGGCCUAUGAUGUGGAGCAGGAACAGAAGUUGGCGUUGGAGACCACAGUAUUGUCUCAGACGUAUACGUUGCCAGAUGGCCGUACGAUUCGACUUGGAGGAGAGAGGUUCGAAGCCCCAGAAGUGCUUUUCCAACCUCAUCUCAUAAAUGUGGAAAAACCGGGACUAUCAGAGACAUUGUUCGGAUGCAUUCAAUCUAGCGAUAUUGAUACUCGGCUCGAUUUCUACAAACAUAUUGUGCUGUCCGGUGGAUCAACGAUGUAUCCUGGUCUUCCAAGUAGACUGGAGAAAGAAAUGAAGCAGUUAUAUCUAGAUCGUGUUUUAAAGGGAAAUACAGAUCUCUUUCAGAAGUUUAAAGUACGUAUCGAGGCGACACCUUUCCGAAAACAUAUGGUUUUUCUUGGUGGCGCUGUGUUAGCGAAUAUUAUGAGGGAUAGGGACCAAGACUUUUGGAUCUCGAAACGUGAGUACGAGGAAGGUGGUCUGCAGCGAUGCUUAGUGAAAUUGGGCAUUAAAUAA